AUGACUUCAGGAAAGGAUACAAUGGGGGAGCAGCCGAUUUUCACGUGCAAAGCCCACGUAUUCCACAUAGAUCCGAAGACGAAGCGGUCCUGGAUGCCGGCGUCCAGCGCCGCCGUCAACGUCUCCUUUUUCUACGACUCCUCCAGAAGCUUGUACAGAAUCAUCAGCGUCGAGGGACAGAAGGCCGUCAUCAACAGCACCGUCACACCUAACAUGACGUUCACCAAGACCUCGCAGAAAUUCGGCCAAUGGUCCGACGUUCGAGCUAAUACCGUUUACGGCUUGGGAUUUUCCUCCGAAGCCGAACUACAGAAGUUUAUCGAUAAAUUUAACGAAGUCAAAGAAGCCACUCGAUCAGCAAUAAGCAAAGUAACUGCCAACGGGGGUUCCGUAGUCACUCCUGUAACUAGCGCGAAUGCCAGCCCUAUAAGCGCUAGGGCUGCGACUGCCGCUGCAGAUUCAUCGACUGAUAAUCUACUAGAACCGCCAGGUAAUCCGAUGGUGACUUCUGCGAAUUCGAAGCCCGAGGACGAGAUCCCGCAUCCCAGGAGCCAUUCCAUAUCGGGCAUACAAAGCAACGAAAGCCCCAGCCAUCAGGUGAAGGUCGACAAAGGCCAGUACAACACGAGUCCCAUAGAUAUGCAACUCAAGUACGAAAACGACAGAUUGAAGUUGGCUUUGGCGCAAAGUUCCGCCAACGCCAAGAAAUGGGAAAUCGAAUUGGCCACGUUGAAGAGCAACAACGCCCGGCUGACCAGCGCCCUGCAAGAGAGCACCGCCAACGUGGACGAAUGGAAGCGACAGCUGGCCACUUUGAAGGAGGAAAACAUGAGAUUGAAGAACCGAAACCAGCUGGAUAUGGACGGCAAUAAAGGUGGCGGCGACAUGACCGAGGAGAACCUGCGGAUGCGCGUCGACCAGCUGGAAUUGCAAUUAGAUAGCAAAAAUAGCGAAAUCAAGGCGCUGCAAUCGGACAACCAGGAGCUCCAAAGCACAAUCAAACUAGCACAAUCCGAAUUGGAGAUAGCCCAAAGUACGUACGAAUCGCAGAAGCACGUGCUGUUGACGUUGAACCAACAGCUGUUGUCGAGAAUACAGGAAUUGGCCGCCAUCCACGACGAAAUGACGACGGCGCUGCAGACAUGA